GCCGCACCGCCACGGAAGGGAAGCUUCCAGAGCGCACGCAACCAAAACCCGAGUUCCCCUUCCCCUCUCGCGCGCCCGCCCGCCCGCCCGCCCGCCCACGGGAUUUCCUCUUCUUCCCCGCCUCCACGCGCCCUCUUCAGAUCCAUCCAUCCGUGAUUCCGUCGGGGGCGGGCCACAUGGCGGCGGCGCUCGCGGUGACGGACGAGCUGGCCCUGCCUCUCCGCGCGGUGGGGGACCUGGCGGCGGCUGCCGGGGUCUCGCGGGAGGAGGUCGUCGUCAUCACGCAGUGCGCCUCGCUCGGUGGGAAGUUGCCUUUUGAUGACGCGUCCGUGGGUGCUGUUCUGUCUGUUAUAAAAAAGGUUGAGAGCUUUGGAGAUAAGUUGGUUGCUGAAAUUAGCCGAGUGCUGAAAGCUGGUGGAAUUGUGCUGGUACAGAGCUUCACACCCUCCGCUGACCAGAAGCCAAACAAUUAUAUCGAGCGCCAGCUACUCAUGGGUGGUUUUGUUGAAGUGCAAGCUUCUGCUACAAACUCGCAAGAUAGCGUGCAAUCUGUUACUAUCAAGGCAAAGAAGCCUUCUUGGAUUAUGGGUUCUUCCUUUCCCCUGAAGAAAGCAGUAAAGGCUCUUCCAAAGAUUGAAAUUGACGAUGAUGAUGAACUGAUUGACGAAGACAGCCUCUUGACUGAGGAGGACUUGAAGAAGCCACAGCUUCCAGUUGUCGGAGAUUGUGAAGUGGGAGCCACAAAGAAGGCAUGCAAGAACUGCAGUUGUGGCAGGGCCGAGGCUGAGCAGAAGGUGGAGAAGCUGGGGCUCACUGCAGAACAGAUUGAUAACCCUGUCUCAGCUUGUGGCAGUUGUGGGUUGGGCGACGCUUUCCGAUGCAGCACCUGCCCAUACAGAGGCCUGGCGCCGUUCAAGUUGGGCGAGAAGGUUACCUUGUCUGACAACUUCCUCUCAGCUGACAUAUGAUGACGGACAGCAGCUGCGGAUAUGAAAUGCGCCUUGUUGGAUUUGUUGGCUCGUUAGGAAGAUAUAUCUGCGUAUGGUUUUUUCGUGGUGAUGGUGGUUACAGCAAAAGAAGGGGAGUGCGUUUGGAGUAGCAGCUCGUGUUAGCAUGUCGUGCGUGUCCUUGCUCUCCCACCUAGGUUGAAGCAAGAUUUGGAUCGUGUGUGCGCCUCUGUAUUCGGCAAGAAGAUUACAUGCAUGUAAUUUGACGAAGAAACAUAUGAUGGAAAGACUUUGGUCUGCUA